CUCGGAGUCAUAGCAGGACUCAUCUUAUAUGACUAAGGUCAUUAUCCAGCAGGUGCCCCAGCUGCCACCACAGCACGUACACCUACACCUACACCUACACCGACACUUACACUUACACUUACAUCUACGCUACAAUUUAUUCUCACUAACUAAACUCUGUGUUUCUAUGCCCCAAAUAUCUCUGCUCUAUCACUGACUCUCUUUUCUACAGAAUUGGUGAAAAAUCCUCACUAAAUUAACAAUCUACAUAUCUUUGCAACUACACUAACCAUGUCACUAAUUCCAUUACCCGACUCCCUAAGACCAUUUCUACACGACUAUCUUCCGACCCAAUUGCCCGAUAGAACAUUUGUUACCCUAACCUAUGCUCAAUCCCUAGACUCCAAGAUCGCAGCCCAACCGGGCCAUCAGACUAAGAUAUCUCAUUUAGAGACAAAAACCAUGACUCAUUAUCUUCGCUCCAAACAUGAUGCUAUAUUAGUAGGUAUCGGUACAGUGUUAGCAGAUGAUCCUAAACUAAAUUGUCGAUUUAAAGAAUCAACAUCAAAUUCCAUUUCUUCACCUAGACCCAUAAUUUUAGAUCCUCAUGGUAAAUGGAAUUACCGUUCCUCACAAUUAUUCACUAUAUGUGAAGCUCAACAAGGUCUAGCUCCAUAUAUAAUUAUUGAUACUUCAGUGAAUCCUACUCUCCAUGAUAUAGCUAUAUUACAAAAUCAAGGAGGAAAAUUUAUCAAACGACCUUUAAUUCAUACAUCUAGAUCUGAUAGUUGGAAGAUCAUACUAUCAACUCUAUAUGAACAUGGUUUAAAAUCUGUUAUGAUAGAAGGAGGUGCUAAAAUAAUUAAUGAUUUAUUAUCAUUACAAAAGUCUGAUGAUUUAAUUAAUCUGUUAAUUAUAACCAUUGGCCCUGUAUUCUUAGGAUAUCAAGGAGUUAGUGUACAUCCUCAUACUAAUGUAAAUCUUAAUCAAAUUAAAUGGUGGAGUGGAGUUCAAGAUAGUAUAGUAUGUGCACGAGUAUCUACAGAAUAAGUAAUAAAUAACUUAACCAACAAAUAGGGAUUUUUUAAAAAUUAACUAUAAUACAAUAUAUAUAUAUAUAUAUAUAAAGAAAGAAAGAAUCAUAAACAAAUUCU